UAUUAUUAUUAUUCUUAUUGUUAUUGCUAUUGUUGUUACUGUUAUUGUUCUUAUUGCUAUUAGCUGAACCAUGUUCCUGCUAAGGAAAUUUUGUUGCGUUCUUCAGUUGCGUACGGGCUGCUACAUUAUUGCCGUCCUCGAUCUCGUCAUUAAUUUAAAUAUCAUAAUUUUCACCAACAAAGCACAAGUCACAAUGGUUGAGCGCGCUAUGACCAUUUGUCAUUGCAUUGGAUGUAGCCUGCUGUUCAUCGGGGCCUUGGUCGUGUCAACGCUACUGUUGGUAUUCUAUUUGAUCACCUGCGUGGUCAACACCGCUAUCAGUUUGAUUAUCAUCAUAGUGUUAGCUCAUGACUAUGCUCCUGCUAACUUAGUCAUGAUUAUUGUGUGCUUCACGAUGGUGUUUUUAAACACGUAUAGUUGGUACGUUGUCUUCUCGUAUUACCGGCAGCUAAGCGUUCCCUACACUGCCACCACCUAA